UCGUGAUCAAUAUUUACGGAAGUGUUGCCUCGUGAACUGAAGUCACAGUGGUCAGUAAUUUCUGUUGUAUCGUGUGAUGUAAACAUCGGUUAAUUCCUUAAGCUACGUGGGAAUUACUCACCACCAAGAUAUAAGUGCUCAGGACUCGCUUAACUCCAAAGUAAACUCCUGGUUAGCUAGUAAAUGUUAGCAGGAGCAACUGACUUCAGCUAACAUAGCUAGCUCGAAAUCGCAGAGCUAACAAACCCUGACUUCCAGUUGCCCCCCCCCCCUGCGGACAUGGUUGUCUCGUUGUCAGUCCGGGUGUGUUUGGAGGUCGUAUGAAGUCUUUGCGGACGGUCAGUCAUCGGGUAUUCUGGGUAUCUCGCUGCAGUUUCGGGAAACUUUAACGAAAGCUAAGCGCUAACGUUAGCUUGCUAGCCAAACAUUAGCUAGCAGCAUGGGAGCCGAGCAGAGUGGAGAUGCGGAGCACAAACACUCCGAUUACAGCUCAUCGGUGGUGCCCUCCCCAGCAAAGCAGAAAGCAAAGAUGGAUGAUAUUGUCGUUGUGGCUCAGGGGACCCAGUCAAUGCGAAAUAUCCACAACGACCCAGAUGUCAUCAAGCUUCAGGAGAUACCCACCUUUCAGCCACUUUUAAAAGGAGUGCUGAGUGGCCAGACGUCACCCAGCAGUUUGUGUCUGGAAAGGCUGGAUGCUGCCCAGGUUCUGCAGCUCUGCAUCCGGUACCAGGACCACCUACACCAGUGUGCCGAGGCCGUGGCCUUCGACCAGAACGCCCUGGUCAAGAGGAUCAAAGAGAUGGACUUAUCAGUGGAAACCUUGUUCAGCAUAAUGCAGGAGCGCCAGAAACGCUACGCCAAGUACGCCGAGCAGAUCCAGAAGGUCAACGAGAUGUCUAUGAUCCUGAGACGCAUCCAGAUGGGCAUCGACCAGACGUUGCCGCUGAUGGAGCGCCUUAAUAACAUGCUGCCUGAGAGCGAGCGCCUGGAGCCCUUCAGUAUGAGGCCUGAUGGGGAUUCUGCCACCAAGUAGCCUCCUUAAAGCCAACACAGCUGCUUCUUACCUGAGUCUCCAUCCAGUCCAGGACGAAGUGCAGGUCUGUCCAGCUGUAGGGAUAUUACGUCUUUACAUGGGUACAAAAAGUCUUAACCCAUAAAAAAAUGUUGUUUUCAUAGUAGAGGUAGAGCUGCUGCAAGCUAAUGCCAGAAGUUUUGCUGAACACUUGCGCUCUUAAUCAACAACAUCGUACUUACUAUAGCACCUCUACUCAGCACACACACAUUCAUACCUGAGUUUAACCACAACCUUCUGCUACAGGCCUCUGAGCAGCUCUACUGGAGCAGUUGCCAACUUACGAAGUGCUGCAAUCAAAUGUACCCCAACUGCAGAGGGUGUGGAGAUUAUUACUUAUCCCUUCCCUUCAGGGAAUCAAACUGGCAAUCUUCCAGACACAGGCUUUCCUUACUAAUCUAAAGGCAGGCGAGGAACAAACACUUUUGAUUGCGGAUUUUCAGAAUGAACUCCAUAUGCUCAAAAACUUGUCCUGCAGAUGUGUUGCAGAUUUUAGAGACUCAAAUGGAUGUGAGCGACAAAAAAGUAUCUCAGCAGUUUUCCUGGUGCUCUGGAAAUUUGCGUGUACCUCCCAAAACAUCAGAGCCGCUCAAAUCCUGGCAGUGGAUUGAUUUUGGAUCUUGCACUUCACAUUACACAUCUUUGUUGUUUUUGAUUAUGAUAUUCAUCUCGCUCCCACACCAUAUGCCUUUCUCACUGUUUGGAGAUCCAUUUCCAUGAACUGCUUGCAUGCAGAUUGACUGCUUUUAAUUUUGAACAAUAUCUGUGUAUCAUUUUGGGAUAUUUAGAGACUCACGAAGAGAACCAAGAUGGAUUAUUGCCAUUGGAUUACACAAGGCAUGUGGAUGUACGGUACGUUGGAAGUAAAAUGAGAAACUUCUUCUUGGAAAGAGGAGGACAGAGUCUCAAUAUUCUCAUGAACUUGUGAACUUCAGUUUUGUGAUGAGAGAACUUUAAUUUAUUUGGAUACUUUUGCUCGAGCAGUUGUGUCAAGCCUAUUUGCAUGAAAAACGGUGAAGUACGUAAAGGACUGAACAGAGACCCUGACUCUUCAGUUUUUCAGCAGAUUGGUACAGAAGAUGGAUGCAAAGGUGGACAGAAAACAUUAUAGCAAGUUGCCCACUUUAAGAACACUGCACUGCAAUUUCAGCAUUAACUUUGGAUGUUUGUUAGCUUGUCACAGUGAUAGCCAAACAUCACACAUACCAAAGAUUCACAAGCUGUUGAAUAAAAAGUGGCACUUUAGAAACAGUUGGUCAUAUCUUUGAGGAAAGUGAUCAAGUUAACUUCACUGCUUCUUCUGUUGAGUAUUUGUUUCUGUAUCGUAAGUUAUGCUCUUUCGGCUUAAAGGGUCAGUUCACCCAAAUUAUAGAAAAACAUAUUUUCUCUCUUAGCCCCAGAGGUGUCUAUUUAUGCAGGUAGUUUGGGUUUUAUUGAGAAAUCUGUCACCACCACAAUUCAGUGGAGGUGACAGCAAUAAAUAAUCACAUUAAUCAACAGCAACAUCUUUGGAGAAAAAGUGUCCCUGAUAUUUGGGAUAAUCCACAAAACACGCUGUCAUAAUUAAGAUAAUAUAGACUAUUAUAUUAUUUUGUUGUAUAGACUAUUUCUUUGGUAGAAAGGUAACCAGGGCAUUGUUAUUAAAAGCCAUUCCCCUUUUAUUGUAUUUGAUGGCAGCAGAUAUCUCAAAACCUGGGAAAAUAAAAUACGAACUAUUUGCAUGGCAAAAUACCUCUAUAGCGAAGUGAGACAAUGUUUUUGUUUCUAAUUUGGGUGAGCAAACACUUUAGCUACUUAAUCACCGGUCAGUUUCCAGUGUGGCAAUAAAAAAUAAGACACUAAAAAAAGAGAGGAAAAUGGUGUUAUUAUUGCAGCAUUGUUUCAGUUAAUUUCAGUUAAUCGUUUCAGUCAUUUUUAAUGCACAAAUGCCAAAUAUUUGCUGGUUCCAACUUCUCAUAUAUGUGGAUUUGAUGCUUGUCUUCGUCACACAUGAUAAUAAAUUAAAUAUGUUUCAGGCUUUGGACUCUUGGUCAAACAAACCAAGCAGUUUGAGGACGUUUCUUUGGGCUCUGGGAAGUUGUGAUGGCCGUUUUUCACAACUGUUUUUACAUUUCAUAGACUAAAAGAUUAAUCGAAAAAAUAAUCGGCAGAUUAAUUGGUAAUGGAAAUAAUCAUUAUUUGCAGCCCUACAUCGCUUGCUGUGACAAUGGAAAACAUUGUGUUACUGUGAAAACCAGCUACCGUGAGCUUGCAUGUUAUUUUUAAUACGGUCAUUUUAAUAUGUUUGAAAACUUGACAAAAGAUGUAGUUACUGUAAAUGACACCUGACCUUUUUUCUUUUUAACUUGGUGAAACUUUGUUGAAAAUGCGGAAUAAAAAAUGGAAAUUAA